AUGUCGACACAAAACUUUGGACAAGAUGGGAGGAAGGAAGGCUUGAACUUCCUUGAACUGGAUUUUGAUUUCUAUGAGAACCCUGACACCAUCGAGGACCAUGAUUUCUGUGGCAAAGAGCUCGACCGUCCUCUCUACUGUGUUCUUCACGAUACCAACCCUCUCAGGUGUGUGGCUUUUGAAGGAAGUGACACGGGGAGGAGGUUCUUCGGCUGUGCUGUGAAAAGAGGCGUGAACUGUGGAGUUGUCGAAUGGGUUGACCGCCCAUGGCCUAUCAUUAUGCAGAGGUGCCUACUCAAGCUUUGGGGGAUGUUAGAUGAGAGCAAUGAUGAUAGGCAAGCAAAGGAUGAAGAGAUAAGCAAGCCUAAAAUGGAUAAUGAACAAGUGAACCUUAAGCUCGAGAAUCUUGUUGCAGCUGUGGAAAGAACUAAUGUAACUACCAUGAAGAUUGACAGGCAGAAGAAGCAGAUGGGUAUCGUUGAUAAAGACGUCAAGCUCAUUCAGAGGUCUCUCACAAGUGCCAUUCAUAAUGUUAAGGACGACAAGGGUGCAUAA